AUGGUUCGACGAAGCACGCGUGCUUCGGCAAGCACCAUAACAAGCUAUGCUGAGCCUGACCUUGACACUCGCAUAGCCGAUCCUGCUAAGCUAGCUCCGCUAUCCAAACGCGCCCGUAAAACCACAAAGAGUGCCUCUAGCAAGCCAGUUUCAUCCGCUUCAACAGCUGGCUCUUCAACUCGGGCGAUAUCGCGCAAGGGAGUCGAACAGAUCGUCAGUCAGGCAGAAUUACCUCCCCCAACACCACCUAGCAGCGAUUCAUCCGAGCUUUCAUCUGCCGGUGAAGAUUCAAAAGUACUCAAAGCGAAACGCACAAGAGCUUCCAAGAAGGAAAAAGUAGAAACCCCCACCCACUUCGAAACGCGCGUCAACGUUCAUGGCGAAGAGUAUCAAGUCGAGCUCGAUGAGGAAGGUGGUCCUGUCCGAAGAGACAAGAAUGGACGUCGGCUAGCAAAACGUAAAAAGAAAGACAUUGUUUACGAGAUUCCAGACGUUCCUAAACGUGACUUCCGCUUGGAGGGACGACCGGAAAAGCAACAAGAGAGGAGCGGUGGCUUCCAAGGUGAGCUCGGUUAUGCUUGUCUCAACACAGUCCUGCGAUGGCAAGACCCACCCAUCUUUUCCAGCCGUACUGCCCGUAUCAAGACAAUGGACGAACAGGGACCCGAGUAUAUCAAGGAAUUGGGCCGUCUCAAUGCGCGUGAUAUAAUUCCCAUGAUCCUGUGGAACGAGGAAAACAACAUCAAGUUCAUGCGUCUCUCUUCCGAAGUGUUUCCCUUUGCAUCGCACGAAAAGUACGGAUACUCGCUCAAAUACGCCGAAAAGGAACUGCGCGCAGCCGGUGACCUGGCCAAGCAGCUUGGACACCGUCUAACGAUGCACCCAGGUCAGUUCACUCAGCUUGGAAGUAAUCGCCCGGAGGUGAUUGAAGCAAGCAUUCGCGAUCUUACCUCUCACUGUGAGAUGCUCGACCUCAUGGGCUUGGGCAAGGACAGCGUCAUGAUCAUCCACGGAGGAGGCACCUUCGGCGAUCGGCAGGCCACACUUGACCGCAUGCGCGUCACCUAUACCACGCGACUAUCUCAAAAUGUCAAGGAUCGUCUGGUGCUCGAGAAUGACGAAAUGGCAUGGAGCGCUGAAGAGCUCCUUCCACUUUGUAAAGAGCUCGACAUCCCCAUGGUCUUUGACUUUCACCAUGAUCUGCUUCGCCCUUCCUCACGUCCUCCAUCUGAGCUUUUGCCCGAGAUUCAAGCCAUUUGGCACAAGAAGGGUAUCCGACCCAAGUAUCAUCUUUCGGAGCCGCGACCAGGAGCGACUAACCUGCGAGAGCGUCGCGCUCACUCGGACCGCUGCGGCUUCCUUCCUCCCGACUUGCCAGCCGACGCGCAUCUCAUGAUCGAAGCAAAGGACAAGGAGCAGGCCGUACUCGAGCUCUACCGAAUCUACAAUCUGCGUCCGGUGAAGCGCGAUUCUUUGCGACCUCCAGCUAAAGACAUUGGCGUCAAGACAUCCGGACGUAAGAGCAAGCUCGGCGGUGAACGCCUCCCUCGCGAACCUCGCAAAGGUAAAGCAAAGCAAGAUCCUGACAAGCAACGCGGCGUAUCAGAACCAUCCUCGCCUGUCAAGCUCAACCCUGAGAGUCUAACCGUCGCCGAACGCGCUAUUGCAAAGUCCAAGCAAAUGGCUAAACGUCUUGGUAGGGCCUACACUGGUCCCGGUGCCGACGUCGGUGAUGACCAAGGCAUCAAGCUGGCUCCGCCUGAUCCCAAGUUCGGAGAAGAAGGCUAUGUGAAGACGGGCGAAGAGGUGCUGCGCGAUAUGCAUGCAGAAGCUGACUGGGUGCGAGCGGAGCUGAAGGCGGGAAGAGAAAGGCGGCCCUACGGGACCGAGCCAGGCAGCGGCGCAGAUGCAGAUGCUGACAAUUCGGACAAUGCUGAUGAAGAUGGGUUUCCUGCAGAUGUUGGGGAUCUCAAGCCGAAGAAAGCCGGAAAGAAGCCUGACACAACCAAGCCGACCGCCAAGACACCAGCACUGAAUGCACCGCAGAAAAAGCGUGCAAUGGCGGCUAUGGUCGAUAACGCUCAGGAGGUAGUACUAGCACAAGGUGCUCCGCCGCUUGAACUGAUUGCUGAUCACGAAAAGAUUUCGGCGGAAGCGGCAGGAGUCAAGCGAAGGAGAAAGAAGAGCGAUAUGUAG